AUGAAAUUCGUAUUUUUUAAAAUAUUUUUGUUGCUUUAUUUUGUAGCAAUGAGAGUACAAUCACAGCAAGUAAACCUCGGCUCUCUUAGCCUAACACGUAAUCAAAACGGGGAUUUGCUUUUUGGCCUGGGGCAAGGAGCAAACAUUUUUGGUUUUGGAGCGGACAGAAGACUUGGAUUAAAUAUAGGGCCCGGCAGGUUUGGCGCUAUCAAUGAUAAUGGAUUGAUAUUGGGUAACCAACGCUUUGGAAUUGAUUCUCAAUUAGGCUAUGAAAAUGGACGUGGAUUUGACCUUGGAAGCUUUCUAAACUUGUUCCAACCAAUCGGUCAACAAUUUGCUCAUAAUUUCCAACAAAACCUAAUAGAUUCCCAAAGAACGAAUUUAGCCCUAGGCGAAGUAAAUCAGGAGAAUGUCUCAUCCGUAGCUGUUAAUAAAGGAGAUCACCAAUUUCCGCCAAGUAUUGGAAGUGGGUGGAAUGGGGAAGAAGAGAUUGAAAGGAAAGGAAGAAUCCACCACAAAAAUCAUUUCAAAGAAAACUUGAAAGAUGAUGAAGAUUUAACAAUGCCACUUGUGCCUUUAGAAGGGUUAAAGAAGCAGUGA